AUGGCUACCUUUCAAGUAUUGUCCUCCGCUGGUCCUGCUCACAGUUUCUCGCAGCCCUUCCUGUCACAACCCUUCGCGGCGCCGUUCAGCCAGCAGUCGCUGUCGGACUACUCGCCACUCGCGCUCUUUGCCGCGGCGGAACAGGUGCAACAGCACUCGCUGCAGUCCGCGACGCCCACGCUCAAUCUAAACGUUGACCCGAAACUUCCUUCGCUCGCGGGCUUGCUGAAGCAGAUGCAGAUGACCUCACCCACGGCGUCCGGUGAACCGUGUCCGCAGCACCUUCGGCUGAGCCCAGUGUCACGACGCCUCGCCAUGCCCCCGCUGCGCACCGUGAUCAGUCCCACCAUGACCAAGCGCGUGCUACCUGCAAAAUCAAUGCUGCAGACGCCGCUGCCUAGGUUGGGAUCCAUUGCAAUGCAGUCGCACCCACAGAUGAGAUCGUCUAUGGGUCCAAGCUUCCCCAGCAAGAAGCGCUCGUGGGCUGACGCCACUCCCGUCCAGGAAGUGAUGUACCCAGCCAAGUCUCGCGCGUCAUCCUGCAGCCAAUCCACACAUCGCAGUCGUGCGUCCAAAUACUGUAGGAUUGAGGGCUGUGAGCGCGUCUCGCAGCGCAACAACUUGUGCCACAGUCAUGGCGGUAAACGGUUGUGCAAGGAGGAAAGUUGCUCGUCCAAGGAUCGCGGCAAUGGGUUUUGUAUCAAGCACGGCGGUGGCAAGAUCUGCUCCAUGUUUGGUUGUGAGAAGAAGGCUCGGCGGAAAGGGAUGUGUACGCAGCACUUUCGCAUAACAGACGAGCACAAGGUAGACAGCGUCGUAUCCUCUCCUUGCAUGACCAAGCGUAGGGCAUCUUGGUCCAUCUAA